AAUUUUUUAAUCAAAACUGAUCAAACACAAUGAAGCAAAAAAUAGUGCUCGGGGUACAGAUGAAUUGCCAGAAAUGCAGGAGGAAGGCACUCCAGGUUGUGGCAGAAACGGAUGGUGUAAGUUUUUUGGGAUUAGAAGGAGAGAAUAAAGAAAGAGUAGUGGUGAUUGGAGAUGGAGUUGAUGCUGCCAAGCUAGUCGGCAGGUUAAAGAAGAAAGUUGGAUAUACUGCCAUUAUCAGUGUUGCACCGGCGGAUUCCUAGACGAGGCCCCAUUCCAAUACUCUUAUUUAUUAUUCCUUUGUGGCUCAGCUUUCUUGAGAGUAGAUUGUCAAAUCUCUGUUUCAUUGGAUCUUGCAUGGUGAUAAGAGAACUUUGAUCGAAAUUAUAAGAUUUUCUUUUAAC